CCCGCUCACGCAUGCGCCCUGGCCGCAGCCUCGCCGCCGCGCCAUUUUGCCGGGGUUUGAAUGUGAGGUGGAGCGGUGGCAGGGGUGGGUAGUGCCGACUACAGUCCGCGGCUCAGAUUCCCUUCUCCGUUCCCGUAUCCCUACGAGGUUCCAUGGCAAUGGAGCUCAGCGAUGCUAAUUUGCAAACGCUAACGGAAUAUUUAAAGAAAACUCUUGAUCCUGAUCCUGCCAUCAGACGUCCAGCUGAGAAGUUUCUUGAAUCUGUAGAAGGAAAUCAGAAUUACCCACUGCUGCUUUUAACAUUACUGGAGAAAUCCCAGGAUAAUGUUAUCAAAGUAUGUGCCUCAGUAACAUUCAAGAACUAUAUUAAAAGAAACUGGAGAAUUGUUGAAGAUGAACCAAACAAAAUUUGUGAAGCCGACCGAGUAGCCAUUAAAGCCAACAUAGUACACUUGAUGCUUAGCAGCCCGGAGCAAAUUCAGAAGCAGUUAAGUGAUGCUAUUAGCAUUAUUGGCAGAGAAGAUUUCCCUCAGAAAUGGCCUGAUUUGUUGACAGAAAUGGUGAAUCGCUUUCAGAGUGGAGAUUUCCAUGUUAUUAAUGGAGUCCUUCGUACAGCACAUUCUUUAUUUAAAAGAUAUCGUCAUGAAUUUAAGUCAAACGAGUUAUGGACUGAAAUUAAACUUGUUCUGGAUGCCUUUGCUUUGCCUUUGACUAACCUAUUUAAGGCCACUAUUGAACUCUGCAGCACCCAUGCAAAUGAUGCCUCUGCCCUGAAGAUUCUUUUUUCUUCCCUGAUCCUAAUCUCAAAACUAUUCUACAGUUUAAACUUUCAGGAUCUCCCUGAAUUUUUUGAAGAUAAUAUGGAAACUUGGAUGAACAAUUUUCAUACCCUCUUGACGUUAGAUAAUAAACUUCUACAAACUGAUGAUGAAGAGGAAGCAGGCUUAUUGGAGCUCUUAAAAUCCCAGAUUUGUGAUAAUGCUGCACUCUAUGCACAAAAAUAUGAUGAAGAAUUUCAGCGGUACCUGCCUCGUUUUGUCACAGCCAUCUGGAAUUUACUAGUUACAACAGGUCAAGAGGUUAAAUAUGACUUGUUGGUAAGUAAUGCAAUUCAGUUUCUGGCUUCGGUUUGUGAGAGACCUCACUAUAAGAAUCUGUUUGAGGACCAGAACACGCUGACAAGCAUCUGUGAAAAGGUUAUUGUGCCUAACAUGGAAUUUAGAGCUGCUGACGAAGAAGCCUUUGAAGAUAAUUCUGAGGAGUACAUAAGAAGAGAUUUGGAAGGAUCUGAUAUUGAUACUAGACGCAGGGCUGCUUGUGAUCUAGUACGAGGAUUAUGCAAGUUUUUUGAGGGACCCGUGACAGGAAUCUUCUCUGGUUAUGUUAAUUCCAUGCUGCAGGAAUAUGCAAAAAAUCCAUCUGUCAACUGGAAACACAAAGAUGCAGCCAUUUACCUAGUGACAUCUUUGGCAUCAAAAGCUCAAACACAGAAGCAUGGAAUUACACAAGCGAAUGAACUUGUAAACCUGACUGAGUUCUUUGUGAAUCACAUUCUCCCUGAUUUAAAAUCAGCUAAUGUGAAUGAAUUUCCUGUUCUUAAAGCUGAUGGUAUCAAAUACAUUAUGAUUUUUAGGAAUCAAGUACCAAAAGAGCACCUUUUACUCUCUAUUCCUCUCUUGAUUAAUCAUCUUCAAGCUGAAAGUAUUGUUGUUCAUACUUACGCAGCACAUGCUCUGGAGAGACUGUUUACUAUGAGAGGCCCAAACAACGCCACCCUCUUUACAGCUGCAGAAAUCGCACCGUUUGUUGAGAUUCUGCUAACAAACCUUUUCAAAGCUCUCACACUUCCUGGCUCUUCAGAAAAUGAAUAUAUUAUGAAAGCUAUCAUGAGAAGUUUCUCCCUCCUCCAAGAAGCCAUAAUCCCCUACAUCCCUACGCUUAUCACUCAGCUUACACAGAAGCUGCUAGCUGUUAGUAAGAACCCAAGCAAACCUCACUUUAACCACUAUAUGUUUGAAGCAAUAUGUUUAUCCAUAAGAAUUACUUGCAAAUCUAACCCUGCCGCUGUUGUGAAUUUUGAGGAGGCUUUGUUUCUGGUGUUCACAGAAAUUUUACAAAAUGAUGUACAAGAAUUUAUUCCAUAUGUCUUUCAAGUGAUGUCUUUGCUUCUGGAAACACACAAAAAUGAUAUCCCGUCUUCCUAUAUGGCCUUAUUUCCUCAUCUCCUUCAGCCAGUACUUUGGGAAAGAACAGGAAAUAUUCCUGCCCUAGUGAGGCUUCUCCAGGCAUUCUUAGAGCGCGGUUCAAAUACAAUAGCAAGUGCUGCUGCCGACAAAAUUCCUGGGUUAUUAGGUGUCUUCCAGAAGCUGAUUGCAUCCAAAGCCAAUGACCACCAAGGUUUUUAUCUUCUAAAUAGUAUAAUAGAGCAUAUGCCUCCUGAGUCAGUUGACCAGUACAGGAAGCAAAUCUUCAUCCUACUAUUCCAAAGACUUCAGAAUUCCAAAACAACAAAGUUUAUCAAGAGUUUCUUAGUCUUUAUUAAUUUGUACUGCAUAAAAUAUGGGGCGUUAGCACUGCAGGAAAUAUUUGAUGGUAUACAACCAAAAAUGUUUGGAAUGGUUUUGGAAAAAAUCAUUAUUCCUGAAAUUCAGAAAGUAUCUGGAAAUGUAGAGAAAAAGAUUUGUGCAGUUGGCAUAACCAAAUUACUAACAGAAUGUCCCCCAAUGAUGGACACAGAGUAUACCAAGCUGUGGACUCCUUUAUUGCAGUCUCUGAUUGGCCUUUUUGAGUUACCUGAAGAUGACACCAUUCCUGAUGAAGAACAUUUUAUUGACAUAGAAGAUACACCAGGAUACCAGACUGCCUUCUCACAGCUGGCGUUUGCCGGGAAGAAAGAACAUGAUCCUGUAGGUCAGAUGGUCAACAACCCCAAAAUCCACCUGGCACAGUCACUUCACAAAUUGUCUACUGCCUGUCCAGGAAGGGUUCCAUCAAUGGUUAGCACCAGCCUCAACGCAGAAGCGCUCCAGUAUCUCCAAGGAUACCUUCAGGCGGCUAGUGUGACACUGCUUUGAACUGUUCUUUGAAUUGGCUCCUUAGUCCAGGAUGGUUUCUGAGGACAUCAUGUAGACUUCUGAGCACAGCUGCGUGAAAAAACAAAGCAAGUUUUCGUUUUGAACUUGUCACAAAUUCCCUCUUGUAAAGAAUAUUAAAUGUUGCUUUAAGCUGAACCUUGACAAAUUAGGUGGUUUGUGUGAUCAUAAAUAUAAGUGGGUGACUUUUUCAGUUUGCAGCUAUAAACACAAGUAUUACUAGUUCAGUGUACGACAUUGAUUUGAGCAUUUGCACUGUUUGGGUAAUUUUAAAAUUCUGACAGACACUGACUGUGGAGACAUUUUGUCUUACUAAAUCCUUUGAGGUUGUUGCCAUUCGUAUUUCUCUUGUCCUUUGUAUUUUUGUCUGUUUCCUUAAGCUUUUAUUGGAAAUGUGAGUAAGCAAAGAAAUCACUUGUGUAACUUGCCAGGAAAUGCACAUAUCAUAGUUUUAAACCUGUUAUCAGCAAUAAAAAAAAAAAGCCCUAAUAUGUACCUAAGAACAUCUUAAGGACAGGUUUUUGGUGCUGGUAUUUUUAUAAUGAAGUUUCUUUAAAUCUUUCCUCUCCUGGACUCCAUAAAAUCAUAAUUUCUAAAUAAUUCAAA